UUUGAUUUAUCGCCGCUAGCUGUCAGCUUAGGCCAAAGGCUUAGGCUUAGGCUGUCAGUCGUUUUCGUUUCAUUUUUGUAUUUUACAAAAUGUUCAAUGGAUUUGAAUCUUUUUUUUUUUCAUUAGUGAUUAUUUCCAAUAAUUAAAUAAGUAUUGUUAAUAACAAGUGAAUUCCAAAAUGAAUAGUGCUUUAGUGGAUUUAGUACGUAAUUAUUUAUCGUCACAUUCUAUGUUUGUUGACGAUGACUGGAUAACUGGGUGUGUGGAAUUUUUGUCAGGCAAUAAUUACAGUGACCAGGAGAUAAAAAACUCGGCAAGAGAGCAGUGGCUGCUUAAUGAUUUAAAGGACAUUUGCCCCGGUUGUUUGCCGCCCAAUUUGAAGGAUAUGAAAAAAAUACAAUUAGAUGGAAGAUAUGCAUUACAAAUUAAUGCUGUUAUAGACAUAGGUACACCAGCAUACCAACAAUAUUUGAAACUACAAAAAGUUAACAUGGAAAAUAUAGAAGCAACUAUAAAUAAUGAUGAGAAAAUACCUAGUCAUAGGAUGUUAAAAUUAUAUCUGACGGAUGGUGUGCAAGAUAUAUCAGCCAUAGAGUAUAAUCCGAUGAGAAAUUUGAGUUGUGAUAUUACACCGGGUUGUAAAAUCUAUGUAAAGGGCCCAGUGGAAUGUCGCCGCGGUGUGUUGCUAUUGACAGAAAAGAACAUAGAACUCCUCGGCGGCGAGGUGGACAGCAUGGCUAUAACCAAUUCAGUGGCAGGCGUCAUCACGUCCAAAUUGGGUCUGGUAAAUGAUACUGGACACACUACACAGAGUACCAUAAGGAGUAAUGCCACAAAAGUGCCUAACACAGCGUCACCUGUCAAUGCAGUUAGAAACGAAUUCCAUCAGUCAACGUUUGAUGCAGCUUCUACAGAAACGAGAACCGCUCCCCAAACCAACUUUAUUGAAGACGACUUCGAAACAGAUAUAUUAUUAGCUGAAGUAGACGCACAGGUUAUAGAACAUUCAGGGAAAAGGCCAUUGAAUGGAGAAAAUACUAAUCCGGAGAAGAAAAUAAAAAUUGAUUCUAUACCGAAUAGAAAUGAUGAUUUUCCCGAUGACAAUGAUAUAUUUUUCGAUGAAGAUCUAGAUUACCUGAGAGAUAUGGAGGAGGAAUUAGAUGCAAGGGAUAAUGAGAUUCAAGAAGUUAGACAUAAAGGUCCUAUUACUGUGUGUGCAGACCCGUUUGUUUAUAUAAAGCAGAUAAACGAAUUGAAUGUAACAGAAAGGGCCGGUAGAGUUUUUCGGGUAAAGGCGCAAAUUAUAAAAUUGUUGUCGAAACUGUCCGUCGGUAAGGAAGGCUGGAGUUUACGUUGUACCAUUGUAGAUGGUACAGGUUCGUUAGAUGUGGACUUUGCCAGUAACGUACUGUCAGAAUUAGUCGGAUUCACUCCCGAGGAAAUGCAAUCGAUUAAAAAACAAAUCGCCACUAAUCCUGAAAUGAAAGAGAAAGCAGUUUCUGCUCUGCAAAAAGCGAAAGAUACCCUUCAAGUCCUAUACUGCAUAAUAGAGGUAACAAUGCAAGAAGUGCCAAAAAUCACAUCAUUAGUGCCAUUUGAAAAUUCUCAUGUAGAUUUGUUAAUUAAAAGAAUACAAGACAGUGGAUUAUAGUAACAGCAUUUUAAUUUGUAUUUU